UCCGCCAUAUGCACAGCUGGGGAGUACGUCACUUCCGUUUUGGCAGGAAUGGGGUGAUAGUCUGCGAUUCCGAAGCAAAAUUGCGAGAAAAAUCUCCCCGCUCGUUGGUUUACUGGUUGCCACCAUUUAAUAGUGAAGCUGAAUGUUGGUACGAUCUCUGAGAUAACAAUGGUCGUGUUGUUUAUACGUUGAACGAGUUUUCAAUCGGAAGAACCCAACAGAUGUUGUUGCCCCCCUCCCCCAUCCAGCUCUGAAUAAACAUCACUUCAAAAUAUGAACUUGCGAGCGAUAUUUCAGGACUUCAAUCCCAGCAAGUUUGUGCUGUACUUCUGCCUGCUGCUGUUCUCGGUGCUGCUGGCCCUGAGACUGGACAGCACCAUCCAGUGGAGCUACUGGGCUGUGUUCCUGCCCCUGUGGAUGUGGAAGGUGGUGGUCAUCACCGGGGCAUCACGGGGGAUAUAUGUGUGGUGGAAACACCCUGAGUAUAGGACUGAAGGCGACAGCUAUGUGGAGUUUAAGGCCAUGCUGAUCUGCCUGGGUCUGAACCUGCUGCUGCUGAUGUUUGAGCUGCUGGCCUGUGAUAACCUGGAGUUUAAACACCACCUGUGGCUGCUGGUCUUCAUGCCGCUCUUCUUCAUCUCACCUGUGUCCAUCGCAGCCUGCAUCUGGGGCUUCAGACAUGACAGGUCGCUAGAGUUUGAAACCAUCUGCUCAGUCAACAUCCUACAGUUCAUUUUCAUUGCCCUGAGACUGGACCAUGUCAUUCUGUGGAAAUGGGUGAUAGUGUUUGUGCCGAUGUGGAUCCUGAUGUGCUUGGUGUGCCUUAUCGUCCUGUACUACAUCAUCUGGUCCAUCCUCUUCAUGCGCUCCACUGACGUCAUGGCGGAACAACGGCGGGCACACCUCAUCCUGGCGAUCACUGCUCUUGCACUGGUUUUACCUUUCCUUACGUUUGAGGUCCUCCUGGCCAACAGACUGGAUGGAGAUAACCAGUACCAGUUUGUUGCCAUCAUGGCUCCUCUGUACAUCUCACUACUCACACUCAUGGGCAUGUCUUUUGGACAGAAGGGAGGAAAUCACUGGUGGUUUGGGAUACGUAAGGACUUCUGUCAGUUCCUGUUGGAGGUGUGUCCGUGCCUGCGCGAGUACGGGAACAUAUCCUACAAGAUUCACCACGAUGACGAUAAUGAAGAGUCAGAGGAAGAGACGGCGGUGGACCCCGCAUGCAGAGUGCCGCGAGCCCAGCCCAUCAUCACCAGCAGCCCCACCAAAUGUGUGGUCCCUGUCAUCUCUAUAGACAUGCCAGACUGAGCAGGACAUGGCUGCUGGGACAUCCGGAAAUAAUUUUAUCAAGUUUAUAGAACAUAGGAUAUUGGGAUGUUCUUUAGGAUAUACAACCAGGGAGUCUUCCUACCUUGUUUAUGUUUCAAUGUCUAUCCGACACCUUCCUCAGAGAUUCUGACUGGAGUACUGUUUCUCGCUUCUAUACUUCAGAACACAAAGUCAACCCCAGUGAUGAACCGGGACGAGGGGGGAUACAAAGUUAGCCACGUUUGGGAUUUUGUUCUCACCACAAAAGUGCCACCUACAUGUACUUCAGCUACAUAUACAUUGUGUGGCAACUAGAAGCAGCACUCCAGUCAAAAUCUCUGAGGAAGGUGUCUGAAAGACAUUGAAACAUAAGCAAGGUACAUGUAGGAAGAUUCCCUGGUUUUGUAUAAGAACAUCCCAAUAUCCUUGACUGGGAUAUUUUGGCUACACCUCGUGGGAGGAGCCACACAUUCUUUCCCCCAAUGGUGUUUGACACACAUACAUGUAUGAAAGGCAGGUGGCUUGUGGUCAGACAAAGCAGGCUUUGUAUGUAUUAACAUGUCCAUCUUGUACAAAAUUCUAUUUAUUUUACCUUAAGUAUUACAUAAAACACCUGCUGAGACAGCUGCAACAGGUGACAGUACAAAGUGUACAGGUGCCAGGUGGAAAUAGAAAUAUGAUAUUGGAGAUUUUGUAUAAGACAAGUGUACAAUAGUAUAGUAUAGGCUCC